AUGGGCUACGAAGAAGUGUCCAAGGCAUAUCGUGUAUUUGACAUCGAGGCGGGGCAGGUUGUUGUCAGUCGGGAUGUCAACUUCGACGAGUCCACCUUUGGACUUCAACUGCCGAUCACUGAUGAAGAUGUCGAUGACCUGGACUUCGAAUUGCUGGAUCUUGAUGACGAAGAGCUGCGUCAAAUGGAGUAUCAGCAAACAGGCAAGCGCAAGAACCGACUCAAUGAUGAAGAUACAGCAGCUCCACGACCGCGUGCAGUGCGUCAACGACCAGGACUAGAAGAGUCAAGCGCGCCGGAAAACAACUCGUCACGCCAAGAAGAAGACGAAGAAACGAAGGAUUCUGGUGAUUCAACACCGCCUGUGUUUUGGCGUGCGAGUGCAAAUGCCGUUGAAGCAGCAGCGGGUUUAUUGGAGUCGUAA